ACAUCAGACAAGGUGUUUAUGUUUGUAUGUUUUUUUUGUGUGGUGCAAGCACGAGAAGAAUUCAAAAAUAAAGUUGUUGUGUUGUUAUAGUUCAUUCACGGAUUUAUAUAACGAAGCAACGAUGGCCCUCGCAACUACAAGAGAACGGCGUAACAAUGCUGGCAACCGCAUGGCAAAAUUGCUGAAUGAGGAAGAGGAAGAUGAGUUCUACAAGACCACAUAUGGUGGAUUCAGUGAAAAUGAAAAUGAUGAUGAUUAUCAAUCUGAAGAAGAAGCAGAGGAUGAAGUUGACUCAGAUUUCAGUAUUGAGGAAAAUGAUGAGCCUAUAUCUGAAAAUGAAGAUGACCAGCCUAAGAAGAAGAGGAGGCUGGUGACAAAGGCUUAUAAGGAACCACGUGUGGUCUUGCGAAAAGUAGACAAGCAGCCUCAAGAUGACAAGCCACCUACAGAAGAGAAAAAAGAGGAAAAAAAGCCAAGGAGGCGGCGGAGGCAGUUUAAAGAAAACCUGGAGAACUACGAAAGGAAGUCUAUCCGGCGUUCAACUUUAGCAAAAUCGGCAGCGACGUUACAGAGGAUGAAGGAUCGCGAUGAAGAGGGUCGAAGGCGGAAGCGUAAAGGUCCUCGAAGUUGGGAGUUCUACCAGCCGACGCAGGAGGAGCUGCUGGAAGAAGCCAAGAUCACAGAGGAGGAGAACCUCCUGUCACUGGAGAAGCACCAGAAAUUGGAACUCGAGAAGAAGAAGGCCCGUGCCGUUAAGAAGGCAUUUGUUGGACCGAUGAUUCGCUACCACUCUGUAACAAUGCCGCUGAUAAGGGUGAUACAACUGAAGCAAGAGAAUCCUGAAACUGUUAAUGAACAGAAUAGUUCCAGUGAAAAUGUCAAAACAAAAGAAGAUCCAGCUACACCAAAACAGGAUCCUCCUACAUCUCCUUUGGCCAUCCCUCUCACGAAGGUCAAAGAGGAGGUCGAUCCAGACAAGGUCGACAGUCAAGCGAAAGAUGACAAGAAAGAAGACAAGAAAGAUGACAAGAAAGAUGACAACGAAAUGGACAUCAUAGUCGAAACUCCAGAUGACAGCUCAGCAGACGAGUCUGGAAAAGAAAAAAAAUCUGUGCCAGAAAGACUCACCCAAGUCGAGGGGAAGUAUGAGAGGACGUUUAUCACUUUUUCAGACGAGCCUGUCUUCCAAAGCGUGUUCACCAGUAACAAGCCACGCCCUCAUCACAAGAACCUCUGUCCCAUAACCAGGCAACCGGCACGCUACUUCGAUCCCGUGACACAACUGCCGUUCGGGAACGUGCAGGCGUUCCGCAUCCUGCGUGAGGCCUACUACAGCCAGCUGGAGUCGCGGGCAGAGGCGGCAGCUGCCGCGACGGGACCGGACCGCAAGGAGCCCGAGCCGGAGCUGGCGCGCUGGCUGGCUUGGAGGCGGCGGUUGCGCGAGGCGCGAAACUCGCUGCUUGGCCGUACGGUGCGCACCGCCACCCAGAACCAGCAGCAGGCUCAGGGACAGCAGCAGCCAGCAGGCGAGAGGACUGUGCCAGCACUGACAACAGGUGCACCAAAUAUUGCAGCGCUGUUGCAACAGAGCCAGCAGAAGCAGCAGCAACAACAACAACAACUACUAUUACUACAGCAGCAGCAGCAGCAACAACAGCAGCAGCAGCAACAGCAACAACAACAACAACAGAAACUGCAGCAGCUGGUGCAGGUGGUGCAGCGCCCCAUGCAGCACACACAGCAGACGCAACACACACAGCAGCAGCAGCUGCAGCUGCAGCAGCAGCAGCAGCAGCCACAACAGCAGGCGGUGGCACAGCUGGCAGGGCAAAUUCCGGCACUGGCAUCAGUACCAGUGCUGCAGCAGGUUAUCACGAUCCCCACACAGCUGCAGAACCCCACCUAGGUCGCCAUCACGCUGUGUGGCGGACCGCCCGGGGCGGGGUUCCCGGCUCCUCCUCCUAGUUGUCCUCGGACAGUUCCAGAUCACUGUUGUCAUCUCGAAGUGUUUGCUGUAAUGAAUGUACUGCAAAUCUGCUACUGGUGCCACUAUCGCCGAUGUACUGGGACCGUAAGGUGUCGCAGUUUAGCUUUUGCAGAAUAUAUGUACUAACCGAUAUGUGGAAUAUUCAAACCUGACUGUCAUAAAUAUUGCCCUGUCAACUGAUUUUACCAGUAGCUAGAUGGAAGAGAGGUCACAGUUGCAAUUCAGCAGUUUAAGAGAAACUUUCAGCUUGGUCAGUUAAAUUCGACUGUGCCACCUUUUUUGGACAUUAACUCCGAAUACUGUUGUUUCAGUUUAUUUAACUCCAAUAAAUUUAUGUACCUUGAAAGAGUACAUUGUACACUCUGAAUAAUAACAGGUGUAUUAGUUCAAACAAUUUAUGUCAGCCUUCUUACAUUGGAUUUCUCUUUACUUUUACUGCGAUAAUUGUUAUCAUUUUGAAGAUCUGUUUGCAAAUAAUCUUUACACAAAAUCUUUUGGGAUUGUUCCCUCGCUGAUACACUGUGAUAUAAUCGUGACUUCCACACAGAAUAAGACAGAGUACACCGAGUCCUUGAAGUCUGUGAUGUACAGUCCCUGUAGUGUGCUGUUCUAACAAGUAGAAACAGGUUGGGUAGAAAACUUGCCACCCGGUAUGAUGCGCCUCCAAGAAUUACACCCACUCACAGACGAUUUAUAUUAACAAGUCUUUCAAAACACACACAAAUACAAUUGAAUCUCACUGGUAUAUAUAAAUACAAAAAUAUGUAAUCUGAUAGAUAAAAAAUCUACUCACCAAGCGGCGGCAGAACACGAACGUAAAAGACUGUUGUAAUUGGCAAGCUUUCGGAGCCAGUGGCUCCUUCUUGAAGUAGAAGGGUUGAAGGGGAAGGAAGAAGGGUGAAGGAAAGGAUUGGAGAGGUCUAUAAUUGAUCGUUUUUUUGUUAUAACUACAAAAAUAAACAUAUCUAUUACCUGUUUUACUAAAUUUUUUAGAUCAGUCAUUGAUCAGCGGUAGAACUUCUUGUGGCAAGGGCUCUGAGAGUCUCGUUCCACUGCACAUACUUCUUAUCUAAACCACAUGGUCAAAAACUAAUCAUAUUAAAUGACACAUUUCAGUAGAGCAAGCUUCCACUGUCAGACAUGGACACCAUCUCAAAAAUCAGAAUAUCUCGUCACAUAAAAGCUACAGAUUGGAUAACCAUAAAAAUAAUUUCAAAUUAAGUUCUACUGUGCAUCUGUAGUUGGUAGCUCGUGUUAUCCGACUCCUCGUCUCGGCUUUCGGCAGCUUGUCUUCCUGUGUGUCCAAUAUACUGUGACUGACAAGAAACACCACUUGUGCACAUCUGGAGCUCAAGUCAUUUAACUCUGUUUUUAUGCAAGUGAUUUCAAGGUGAUUAAUAUUGUAAGUGUAGUUGAGAUGAAAUAUUGUCUGAAAUUGUUAGAUAAUUAAUGGAGUUGUUUACACACUUCGCGCAUGAUAUGAGAUGAUGUCAUAGCUGUGGUGAGAUUGCCUACUGUAAGUGCUGCUAAAGCAAAACAUUCGUUAGAGACUGCCAGUUUUUCAACUCCAUCAUUUGUUUUGUAGCUGUCACAGAAACAGGUGACCCAUCAGAGAACAAUUUGCAUUACUGGUUUCUCCUUAUGAGAAAUUCCCUUUUUGAAAACGAAGGUGUACUUUAGUGAAACUGUAAGACGAAUAUACAUAUGGUUUACAGUCACAACAAAAAAUAAUUUCUGCUUUUAAGGUGUGUAUAUCUGCUGUGGUUAUGCUGCUUUGUGGCAGGAAACAAUCUGGUUUUGUUGUAAUCUCAAAGAUGAAGACUGGUUAAUCAAAGAUAAAGACUGGUCAAACAUUCUUGCAUCAUGUAUAUUUUCUGUAAAUAAAGGAAUUUUGAGUCAGUAA